GACAGUUUGAGGAUUCGCGUGAAGUGCCCGUUUCGUCGCACUUUGGUUUAAGCCGCCGAACACGGUUUUUUGCCCUGGCCCGUCUCGUCAGUGAUCUUCCGGCCAGAAUGGGGUCUCUGCAGCUCAGGAACCCCCAAAUGCCUGGGCUCGGCCGAGUUCAGGGGCGGAGUUGGCGGGGAGGGAGGUGUUUGUUCUGGAAGGACCAGUGCGCAUGCGGCAGCGGCCCGGCUGAGCUGGACCGAGCCUGACUUAGAACCGCCGCCUCCCUGGCUGCCAAUGGCGGUUUCCGUUUCCUUACCAACUUGACCGCGGCUCGGCUUCCUCGAGCCUUGGAGAUAGGCGGACGGGCAGGCCGGGGCGGGGCCUCCAGCAAGUCUCCUCUCCGCCCCCGGAGUGCCACGGUGGCGCUGGGGGCGGCUGCGGAGACCGAGUGCCCCGGGCCCUGCAAGCCUCGCCAGCACAACCCUGUAAUCCCGACCCUGCGCGACGGCCGCCCGAAAGGCGCCCCGCCUGCUUCUCGGCUGCGGCCGCCGGCCGGCUCCCACCUCUAAUCACCCGGCCGUCUGGGGGCUGGAGCUCCUGCCAGAUGUGGGGUGGGAGGGAAGAAGCUGGUGCGACCGGGAAAGGCAGACGCAAACGCUGGGUCUCUGGGCCUUGGCCAAGGAGCAGGGGGCCGGGGGCAAGGCUUGCAGGGGCCCCCUUUUCCUCCUCGGAAAGCCUGCCCUGGGCUUCUGGGCGACACCACCAGUGGUUAGCCCUGCCCUCCCUCCCCCUCCCAGGAGCGCCCAUAUGUCAACAAAAUGACUUGGCACCGGAUCUCCAACCGCCUUCCCAUUAUGCAGCCACUCUAGCUGGCCCCAGGGACUGUGAAGUCAGAUGGACGGGCCUAGCCUCUCAGCCAACCUCGAAGCUCCCCAGCCACCCCUGCUCCGGUCUCCGCUCCUCAGCCCUUCCCUCCCUCCCUCCCUCACAGUGGCUGCUCCUCCGGUUAGGGCUCCAGAGCUCUCCUUGGGAUUUUGAGAUUUUGGGUCAGGGGAAAUGGCCAGAAAAGGGUCCCCUGCGGCUGCAUAAAACCCGCAGCCUCUCAACUAGGGGAAGGCGGGUGCGACCUCGAGGGGCGGGGAGAGGGGGCGGAGGCACCGUCGAGUGACUCCAAGUUGUGGGUUCUCGCCUAGAGCCUCCGGCCAGCCCCCUUCGCACACAGGGUGCCUCUACAUUUUUCGCCACCGCCUGCUGGGCACCGCAAUCAGGGGUCUAUUCCUGCCCGGAUAUCAGCUGGACGCCGCUGAUGCUCCACGCGCUGGCUCGCAGGGACUCCUGGUGAAGCCAUGCCGCAGCCGCCUGCUGCUCUAGCCUUGACAUUGCCCCUGCUGCUCCUGGUAGUGCUGGUGCAGAUUCUGUCCCCGGCAGGCGGGAGACCAUCCCCUAGCCCGGACUACCUGCAGCGCGGCUGGCUGCGGCUGCUGGCUGAGGGCGAGGGAUGUGCGCUCUGCCGGCCGGAGGAGUGCGCCGAGCCGCGGGGCUGCCUGGCGGGCCGGGUGCUGGACGCGUGCGGCUGCUGCUGGGAAUGCGCCAACCUGGAAGGCCAGCUCUGCGACCUAGACCCCGGCGCUCAUUUCUACGGGCGCUGCGGGGAGCAGCUCGAGUGCCGGCUGGACGGUGACCUGAGCCGCGGAGAGAUGCUGGAGCCGCUGUGUGCCUGCCGCUCGCAGCGGCCGCUUUGCGGCUCCGACGGCCGCACCUACGCCCAGAUCUGCCGCCUUCAAGAGGCUGCCCGCGCUCAGCCGGACGCCAACCUCACCGUGGCGCACCCAGGGCCCUGCGAAUCGGAGCCCCAGAUCGUGUCGCAGCCACACAACAUCUGGAACGUCACCGGGCAGGACGUGAUCUUCGGCUGCGAGGUGUUUGCCUAUCCCAUGGCCUCCAUCGAGUGGCGGAAGGAUGGCUUGGACGUCCAGCUGCCAGGGGAUGACCCCCAUGUCUCCGUGCAGUUUAGGGGAGGCCCCCAGAGGUUUGAGGUGACUGGCUGGCUGCAGAUCCAGGCUGUGCGCCCCAGUGAUGAGGGCGUGUACAGGUGUCUCGCCCGAAACGCCCUGGGUCAGACUGAGGCCCAGGCUAUGCUGACAGUGCUCACACCAGACCAGCUGAACUCCACAGGCUUCUCCCAGCUGCCACCACUGAGCCUGCUCCCUGAGGAGGCCGCCGAGAGUGAAGAGAGCGAUUACUACUAAGUGCAGAGCCCGGG